AGUAGACUUAUGACACCUCACCAGACUUCAGUAGACGCGAUCGACAGGCCGUCGCCAUUGCCAUCGGAAUUGAAUCCUUCACCCUUUCCACUAGGUUCACCUGCAAACCAAAAUGCCGGCCGAGGUGUCGUACACAACGGCGGACGAUGUCACUGCUGAGCCCAGUUGCCGGGGGUCAAAGUUGGAGUCGAGACCUUGGACGCGGGGUUGGCAGGCAUGCCGCAGGAUGCUUCGGCCAAGUUGAUGUUUUGUCGAUUAGUGAUUACUUGUAUGUACUGGUGAAUCUGCCGAGGCCACCUCCGCACACUGUGAACGGGAAAGAUAUAAGUAUACCUUGGUGAUGGAAAAUGAUAGGGAUAGCAGUUCUACGUGGCAUUAUAAAGGCAUCUCCACCUUCCACAGUAAGACAUAACCUCCUCAAAUACAAUCACAUUCGCAAUGGCAUCAUCUCCAAACAAGCUCCCCGAAUCAUACGCCUCGUUCAAUUAUGAUGGCCUCCUCGUCUCCCACGUCCCAGCGAGCUCGCAGUCCGUAACAAAGGUCAUCAUGAUCACCCUCAACCGGCCAAAAAAGUACAACGCUAUGAAGGGAGACAUGUUCACCGGCCUCGAGGUGAUCUUCAACACCGUCAGCGAGGACCCACGGGUUCGCGCGGUCGUCAUCACGGGGGCGGGCAAAGCGUUUUCCGGAGGCGCAGACCUAGAUGUCGGGUUUAUGGGCAUGGUUUCCCUCAAGGAGACUGAGGAAUCGAUGAGGGACUUCAGGGAUUGGGGCGGGCGCGUCGCGCUGGCAAUCUCAAACUGCAAGAAACCCACCAUCGCCGCCGUCAACGGUGCGGCCGCAGGCGUCGGCCUGACGAUGAUUCUCCCGGCUACCAUUAGGGUAGCCUACGAGGGUGCCCGAUGCGGCUUCCCCUUUUCCCGGCGUGGCCUCGUCCUCGAAUCCUGCAGUGCCUUCUUCCUCCCGCGUCUCAUAGGGCUAUCGCGCGCCAACCACGUCGUAGCGACGGGGGAUAUGUAUCCUGUUACGGAUCCGCUGGUCAGCGGUCUGUUUUCAAAGUUCUUGCCCUCGCCCGGGGAGACGGUAGAGUACGCGGUGAAUGUCGCGGGGGAUCUGGCGGAGAAUACGUCGUUGGUGAGUACCAAGUUGAUGAGGGAUAUGAUGGUGUAUUGUCCUCCCUCGCCUGAGGGGGCGCACGUGUUGGAUUCGAGGGUGUUUGUGCAGCUUGCCGGGACGGAGGAUAAUAUUGAGGGGGUGAAGAGUUUCUUGGAGAGGAGGAAGCCGGUAUUUACGGGGUCUGUUGAUCGGGCGAGUGUUCCGUUUUGGCCUUGGUGGGAUAGGGAUGACGGGCGGUUUGUGAGGCAGUUACAGAAGGCUGCGAAGCUUUGAUGAGAUUGUGGUAAAUGAGUGAGCGAUGAGAGGUGGCUGAGACAUGACCUAUGGUUCGUGAUACAUGUGUAAGAUGCAGUAGAUCAAAUUGACAGCCGAAGUCGGGAUUGACAAUCUAAGUAGCUUCACUGUCUCCAGACCCUGCGGACUUGCGUGUAUCCGGAAUCUAGGGUGGAGUGAUCUAUGUGUCGUAUUAGUCAAGACGAAAGAUCACCAAGUCUAUGAUACUGGUCGGCUAGUCCUACGAAGAGCAAUUCAUCCUAAACCCCAAUUAUUCCAACAGUGAUCUGGAACCUCACUUUUCACAAACAUAGCUCGAUCAUCGUGAUGAAGGUAAGGAAAGAGUAACACGCUCUUGUUGAACAUGUCAGUGAGUCCAUGUAUGACAAGUGUCGUCCAGCACAUCUUCUAACAAAUUAAGCACCGUGACACCCUAGUUCCGAUCUUUAGGGGUGGAUUCCCCGGAUCGAUCGCUAGUUUCCCU